AUGGACGAGGCUGGUGGCGCUGGUAGCGGCGGUGGAGGGCAGCAGCCAGCGAGCGGUGCAGGAGGAUGGGGGGGAGGCGGGGAUGCCCCGCUCCCGCCGAUUUUCGGCAAUGCCAACGCCGAAGCAGGCCACGAAUUCAAGGGCAUGGACCUUAACCUUGACGACGUGUUCUCCGGAGUGUUCUUCUCCCCCGACGGUGACCUGCUCGACAUACCCUCAGACGGCGACGAAUCCCUCAACCUAACCCUCUCCUCCACGUCCAUAAGCGAGGGCACCACCCACACGCCGUUCGCGCAGUUCGCCGUUCUCAGCGGGAGUGCCGGCGACGGGGACGCCGCCGCCGCCGCCGCCGCCGCCGCCGCUGCCGGCGGCGUGUCCGCGGAGGCAGCAGCAGCAACAGGCGCGGGCGAGGCCGUCGGGGAAGGCGCCGGUCCAAUGCCCUCCGUUAGGCGGUCCUCCCACGAGCUCCAGGAUCUCCUGAACUUGCCGGGGGGGGGGCAGGGAAGCAUGAUGGACACAGACGAUUCGGCGGCGCCGGGGGUGGGCCCGCAGAUAGUCGGAGCGGCGCCGGGAGUUGUUGCCGGGCUCUCGUCGCAGGGGGCGUUCGUUGGGGGGGGGGGAGGCGUUAGUACCCAGGAGGCGGCGGCGGCAGCGGCGGCGGAGGCGGCGGUAGCUGCCGAGCAGGCGCGAGCGGCGCAGCAGCUGGCGGCGUCGAAGGCGGAGCAGGCGGCCCAGGCCGCCGCGGCGCACGCACAGGCGCAGACGAGCUCGCCGUUCGCAGCGGGUGGGGUAGCGGAGAAGGCUCACCCUAUACCCGCCGCAGGCGCAGUGGGAGUGGUACCGCUCCCAACACCAGCACCAACACCAACAGCAGCUCCAGUAGCAGCAGGGGCAUCAUCGUUGCCGCCGAGAGGGGGGGGAAUAUCGGCGGCGACUACCGGGGGCGGGAUCUCCGUGGCGUGGGGGAGGGGGCCUCACUCAGGGGCGGGGGCAACGGCGGCGCCCCGGCGGCAGAGGCAUAAGGUUUCGAGCAAGGACCUCACCGAGGAGCAGCGGAUCGAGAGAAGAGAGCGGAACCGUGAGCACGCGAAGAGGAGCCGCGUGAGAAAGAAGUUUCUUCUCGACUCCCUUCAGCGUAGCGUGGACGCUAUUCAGGCGGAAAACGAGUCCUUGAAGGGGUCUAUCGUUGGGUCCCUGGGAGAGCGAGGAAGGGAGCUGGUGGCGAAGUGCAUGCCGGCGGACACGGGGGGCUCGUUGGUCACGGCCAACAACAAGCAGGCGACCAAGAUAUUGGACGAUCCCGACUACUCGUUGGUGAAGGCGUUACAGACGGCCCAGCAGAACUUCGUCAUCACCGACGCCUCCUUACCAGACAACCCCAUCGUUUUCGCAAGCGGCGGCUUCCUCGCGCUAACGAGAUACAAGCUUGUCGAGGUGUUGGGACGAAACUGCCGCUUCUUGCAAGGCGCGGAGACCGACCCAAAGGCAGUCGACAAAAUUAGAAAGGCGAUCGACGAAGGAUACGACACGAGCGUGUGCCUGCUCAACUACAGGGCCGACGGCACGACUUUCUGGAACCAGUUCUUUGUCGCGUCGUUGAGAGACGGCAAGGGCAACACCGUCAACUAUGUCGGCGUCCAGUGCAAGGUCGGAGAUGACUACGCCAAGAUUGUAGUUAACGAGCAGAACAGACAACUCGCAGGGCCGUCGAAGACUCGAACGAGGCCUUUGCCCUCGUUACCUCCGGAUACGGAGGCCGCCGCCGCCGCCGCCGCCGCCGCCGCCGCCGCCGCCGCCGCCGCCGCCGCCGCCCCUCCCGCAGCAGCAGAAGCAGACGCAGCAGGAAAGAAGGGCUCAGGGGUCUAG